GCGGCUCGGCGGCGGCGGCGGCCCGGACCCAGGUGCCACCAUGCUUCGCGCGUUCAGGAGCAAGCACGGGAAACUAGGGCUCCGCCACUUGAAAUGCUACCACCACAAGUCCGUGCUGGCGCUCCGGCGAGAGGACGUGAACGCCUGGGAAAGAAGAGCGCCGCUGGCCCCGAAGCACAUUAAAGGGAUCACCAACCUGGGGUAUAAAGUCUUAAUCCAGCCGUCCAACCGACGAGCCAUCCACGAUAAGGAGUAUGUCAAAGCAGGCGGCAUCCUUCAGGAGGAUAUUUCUGAAGCCUGCCUGAUUGUGGGAGUUAAGAGACCCCCGGAAGAAAAGUUAAUGCCCAAGAAAACAUAUGCCUUUUUCUCCCACACGAUAAAAGCCCAGGAAGCGAACAUGGGCCUGUUGGAUGAGGUUUUAAAACAGGAAAUUCGACUCAUUGAUUAUGAGAAAAUGGUGGAUCACAGAGGAGUCCGUGUGGUAGCAUUUGGUCAGUGGGCCGGAGUAGCAGGCAUGAUCAACAUUUUACAUGGGAUGGGCCUACGAUUCCUGGCCCUUGGACACCACACACCUUUCAUGCACAUCGGCAUGGCCCACAACUACAGAAAUAGCAGCCAGGCAGUGCAAGCGGUCCGGGAUGCUGGCUAUGAAAUUUCUCUCGGUUUGAUGCCAAAGUCUAUCGGACCACUAACGUUCGUGUUCACGGGUACUGGUAACGUGUCCAAGGGCGCCCAGGAAAUCUUCAACGAGCUCCCUUGUGAGUUUGUGGAACCACACGAGCUAAAAGAGGUUUCCCAGAGUGGAGACCUAAGGAAAGUAUACGGCACCGUGCUAAGCCGCCACCACCACCUGGUCAGGAAAACUGAUGGCGUGUACGACCCUGUGGAAUAUGACAAGUAUCCUCAGCUGUACACAUCCCGCUUCAACACUGAUAUUGCACCUUAUACCACUUGCCUAAUUAAUGGAAUCUACUGGGAGCAAGAUACCCCGCGCUUGUUAAGCCGCCAGGAUGCCCAGAGGCUUCUCGUUCCCAUCAGAUCCCCCGUGGCUUCUGUGGAGGGUUGUCCUGCAUUGCCACACAAGCUCGUGGCGAUCUGCGAUAUUUCCGCAGAUGCUGGAGGAUCUAUAGAAUUUAUGACAGAGUGCACUACAAUCGAUAGCCCAUUUUGUAUGUACGAUGCUGACCAGCACAUUAUUCACGAUAGUGUCGAAGGUUCCGGGAUUCUGAUGUGCUCCAUUGAUAACCUACCAGCCCAGCUCCCGAUUGAAGCCACAGAAUACUUUGGAGACAUGCUCUUUCCUUACGUGGAAGAGAUGCUACUUUCAGAUGCCACUCAGCCUCUUGAAAGUCAGAAUUUCUCACCGGUGGUGCGAGAUGCAGUGAUUGCAUCCAACGGUACAUUGCCUGAAAAAUAUAAAUACAUCCAGAAACUCAGGGAGAGCAGGGAACAGGCACAGUCUCUGAUGAUGGAUGACAAGAAGAGGGUCUUGUUACUCGGAACUGGGUAUGUGUCAGGACCUGUGGUGGAGUACCUGUCUAGAGGGGGCGACAUUAACAUAACAGUAGGCUCCGACGUGAAGGAACAACUUGAACUGCUUGCCAAGAAGCAUGACAUCAACCCUAUUACUCUGGACAUUGGUAAGCAAGGAGAAAAAUUGGCCUCCUUGGUGAAGAAUCAAGAUCUUGUGAUCAGCUUGCUACCUUAUGCACUGCAUCCUAUUGUGGCUAAGGCAUGCAUUGCCAGCAAGGUGAACAUGAUCACAGCGAGCUACAUAACCCCUGCCAUGAAAGAACUGGAGAAAAGUGUACAAGAUGCUGGCAUCACAGUAAUUGGCGAGUUAGGCUUGGAUCCUGGCCUUGACCACAUGUUGGCAAUGGAGACCAUCGAUAAGGCGAAAGAAGUAGGUGCUACGAUCGAGUCUUACAUUUCUUUCUGUGGUGGACUGCCAGCCCCAGAACACUCAAACAACCCCUUGCGGUACAAGUUUAGCUGGAGUCCUCUGGGCGUUCUUCUGAACAUCAUUCAGCCGGCCACGUACCUGCGCAAUGGAAAGAUUGUGAAUGUGGAAGGUGGCUUAUCUUUCUUGGAUUCUGUUGCUUCCAUGGACUAUUUCCCGGGAUUAAAUUUGGAAGGCUACCCAAACAGAGAUAGCACAAAGUACGCUGAGAUUUAUGGCAUCCAAUCUGCUCACACUCUGUUGAGAGGGACUUUGAGGUAUAAGGGAUAUGCCAAGGCAUUGAGUGGAUUUGUGAAGUUGGGACUGAUCAACAAAGAUCCAUGUCCAGCCCUUUCUCCUGAUGCCCCUCCUGUCACCUGGAAAGAGCUGCUCUGUGGAAUGGUUGGAAUUGCCCCUUCCUCUGGGAGGGAUAUUCUGAAGGAUGCCGUCUACGAGAAAUUGGGCCGAGACGACGCUCAACUGGAGGCCGUGGAGUGGUUUGGCUUACUCGGAGACGAACAGGUUCCCAGAGCAGAAUCUAUUGUGGAUGCAUUCUCUAAGCAUUUGGUGAUGAAGCUGUCCUAUGGUCCUGGAGAGAAAGAUAUGAUCCUGAUGAGAGAUAGCUUUGGCAUUCGCCAUCCUUCUGGCCACUUGGAAGACAAAACCAUUGAUCUGGUAGUGUAUGGUGACGUCAAUGGUUUUUCUGCCAUGGCUAAGACUGUGGGCCUGCCAGCAGCUAUGGCUGCCAGGAUGCUGUUGGAUGGGGAGAUUCAAGCCAAAGGCCUGGUGGGUCCAUUUACAAAGGAAAUUUAUGGCCCGAUCCUGGAGCGCAUUAAAGCAGAAGGCAUCAUAUAUAAUAGUCACAGCACCAUCAAGCAAUAACCGUGAGCCCCAGCGGGGGACUGUAUGUCCAUCAGGCAUCCCAACUCUAAACCUUUUCUGAGCCUUUGGGCCAUAAACGUGUCCACUUGGGACACGUUUUCUUUAGUAAUGGAAAAUGACGUCUCUAUUGAGAACCUUCAGUAGUGCAGUAUUGAUGAAAAAUGUAAAAUUCAAUUCUUUGAGGAAGGGGGGGAACGUCUUUAAUUCAGGUGUUUCUUUCCAAGGGUGUUUACAGUGGGAAUGAAUGGGCCACUGCCAUUAAUUUAUUGUCCUCCCCUGUGCCUUUAAAGAAUGUAUUUCCCAUUUAUGGGCAGGUGCAGAUCAAAUGUCAACGUUUUAACCUUGAGAAUUCAAUGUGUAGCCCUAUUUUUGUACAUUUCCAGUUGCUAAAAUGAAAGCCUUUCAGUCUGCCCACUCACCCAUGAAAUGAAGCGAUUUUGUAAUCUUUAUUUUAAGAUGCAUGUGUUAAUGAGCAUUGGACCUGAACUGUUUUCUCCCAGUAUUGGCAAAAAAAAAUAAAUACCAGCUACUUUACAAACAAA